AUGAAACUCCGGCCAUUCAUAUCCAUCUGCUCCACCAACACCACCAACACAACACCACAAGCACCACCACCACCAUUAAAAAAGCUAGUAAGCUCCAACACAAACACCAUCAACAUUUCACACACAACCAUCGGAGGCCUAACCUUAACCAUCUCUCACCAGCGCAUCACCUCCCUCAAACCACUCCCAUCAUGCCACGUGGACAUCCUAGCCAUCCAUGACAACCUUCUUUACGCAGCCACCGGUAACCUCAUCCACUUAAUUGACGCGACAUCAUUUGCAAUACUCGACACAUUUAGUGAUCAAGGAUCCUCAUCCGGGUCCGUUAAGUCCGUUACAUUUAGUAACGGACAUAUUUUCACGGCUCAUCAAGACAACAAAAUCCGGGUAUGGAAGUUAAUCGAAAACAAGUAUUAUCAUCAUAAACACAUUGCAACACUUCCUACUUUUGAAGACAGGUUGUUUCGUUCAGUUUUGCCAAAAAACUACGUACAAGUAAGGCGCCAUUGUAAAAAACUGUGGAUCCAGCACCAGGAUGCUGUGUCUGGGCUGGCAUUGGUAACCGAACAAUUGAUCUGUUCGGUUUCUUGGGACAGAUAUCUAAAAAUCUGGCAGGCAUCAGAUUUUCGAUGUUUAGAUAGUAUAAAAGUGCAUGACGACGCUGUUAACAGCGUUGUCGUGUCAGUCAACGGAACCAUCUUUACUGGUUCUGCUGACUGCAAGAUAAAAAUUUGGGGAAAAGUGUUCGGAAAAUAUAAGCUCAUUGUCACGUUGGAAAAACACAAGUCAGCAGUGAAUGCAUUGGCACUAAACGAAGACGGAUCGUUGUUGUUUUCUGGCGGUUCUGAUCGGGUGAUUAUGGUGUGGGUGAAAGAACACGGUAGUAAUAAUUAUAUGGUGCUGGCUGCGUCGCUACGUGGCCACCUGAAGGCGGUACUUUGUUUGGUAUAUGUUUGCGAUUUGCUGUUUAGUGGAUCGGCUGAUCGAACAGUUAGGAUUUGGCAACGAGGAUGUGAAGGUAAAUUUUGUUGCUUGAAAGUGUUGGAUGGAUACGAAAGACCGGUUCGAUCAUUGGUAGUGGACCGGGGCAUAGCUAAAUUCGGGUCAAAAGUUGGACCUAAUUUUGUACGAGUUUUUAGUGAAUGUUCGAAUGGAGUGAUUAGGAUGGUAACGAUUGAGGAUUUGAGUUUGUCGAAUUCUGUAUCGACAUAUGUAUAA